GUGUGGUUAGGAGUCAAAUUGAAUCGAAUGGCAUUGGUAAGCAUCGAACAGAGUGUUGUGUGCGAAUUUGUACGGAUUAAUUGAUAGAAUAAAGUGUAUGUUUGAGCCGAAAUUGUUUAAUUAAACGGUGCAAUCAAUGGAAAACAGAAAGUUUGUGAAGUUUAUGGAAAAGUUAAGUGAAGUUAAAGCAACGCAAAAUGUUGUGCAAAAAUUGUAUGCGGGCGUGAAAGCGAAAUGAAGUGCAAGUGAAUUUGCGAACAGCGAGUGCUGCGAGUAAAGAGAAGUUGUUGCGAGCGGAGGUGGAGUGCGACGAACAAGAUAAAAAUACAAACAAACGUUUAAUUAUGUGUUCAAGCUCAAGAUGUGUGAUGGCUAUAGAAAUUUGAAUAAUUCAUAAAAAAUAACAACAACAACAACAUACGCGAUCAUUCAUGUUCAUUAAAAUGCAAAGCAAAUUAAUUUUGCCUACGCUAGUACAACAACAAGCGGUGGUCAAUAUGAAAACAACAACAAAAAUUACUUAACUAAUACUAUAUACCAACACCACAACAACAACUUGCCAGCAUAUGCAUACACGUUUCGUAUAAAUUAAGUAAGAUUAAGUGCGCGCAUUGAAACAAGUGCGAAAAAUAAAAAUAAACGCCAACAACAACAACAAACAGUCAGUUGCAACUCAGCGUGUAAGCAAAAAAAAAAUCGAUUACCGUAAAAUUUAUGCGUUCGCUGACGUUUUGCGAACCGUUAGAAUUUUUCACACGCUCAGCGCGCUGACAAAGCGCUUGCACAGGCGGCGGCGGCCACAGGGAGGCAAACGCGGCGAACAAGAAGUUCUUGUGCGAAAUUAGCGAACUGACCGACUGGCGCGCCAGCGAAGCGGAAGGCGAGGAAGUGCCAGCCAGCAGCUAAGUUCAUUCUAAGUGCAUUGGCGGCCAUUUACGACGGCCAACAAAGAGCCAUUGUGCACGAGUGUAUCACAAGCCGCUUUGGACCGACCACGUACCGUGUGCUGGUAAGCGCUUGUGUGUGUGUGAGUGCAGUGCAGUGCAUAUAGAAGUUGAAAUGCGAAAAAAGCAACGCGAACGCGCGAAACCGGUUACUUGUUGCAGUUGUAUUUGAACCCUUCCGUGCAAAACAUAAAUAAAUAAAUAAAAAAAGACAAAAAAAAAAAAAAAAACCGAAACAAAACAAAGCAACGAAACGAAAAGGCAGGCAGCAGGUUAUUAGGCAUCCGCAGCCGCAGCCGCAGACGCGCGGUGAAUUUCGGAAAUUCACAAAGCACGAAAAACAAAAAGCAGCAAUAAAGAACAACAAAAACAAACAAAAAGACGACAAAGAGCCCCAGAACCAGUCAGAAGUUAAAAGUUGUUUGCUGUCAGUGAAGUCAGUGCAAAAAGCGAAAAGCACUAGCACAACAACAACAACAGCGACAGCGCAAACGAGCAGCCACUGCAGUGCACGGCGCAGUAGCAGCGGCAGCAAAACUAGCAGUAGUGUUGGCAGUGGAGCAGUAGUGGCAAUUGUGGCAGCACAACGGCAACACCGUGCAAGCACAAAGCAGCGGAAAUCGAAACUGAAACGCAAAUAGCGCGAACAAGAGGAAGCAGCAAAGUUAGACUCAACGGUUUGGCGCAUGCAGUAGCCGACGGCAAACGCGUCUGUGCAGCAAUCAAGCCAGUGUUGCUUAACUUUGUGGGCGAUUGAAAACACAGAGUGUGUUUUUUUCGAAAAUUCUGUGGAAUAUACGAAAUAAAUUGAAUAUUUGUGUGAAAAUUUGUUAGAAAAUACUAAAUAAAUUGAAUAUUUGUGUGAAAUUGCAAGUGAGAGGUGUGUAAAAAAAUACAGUUAUUCAUAAAAUAACGGCGUGUAGUGGCGUUUGUGCGCAAUUUCGUGCUAAAAAAGUGUAGAAACAGAAAGUUUGAAAAAAUAUUCAAAAAGGUUUUUGAUACGAUUUGCAAAUAGUUUUGAGUAAAUAUAAUUAAUGUGAAUUUUUUGUUGUACUAAUGCGUCAACUUUUUGAAAAAUUAAAACGAAGCGCAAAUAUUUGAAGAGGCAUAAUUUUUAUGAAAUUUGUGCAGCGAUUUUGCUGUUGUGUGUUUUUAAGCAAAAAUUUACGUUAAAAAGCUAUGCAAUGAAGUGUUUGCGGUGAACAUUUUUUAAAAUUGAGUGUGCGGACUUACUAAGUGCAAAAUUAGAAAGAAAAUAGUGAAAAUUUUCACGAACUUUCACAAAAGUGCAAAAUUAAAUAUAAAAUAUUGAAAAUUUUUAAAAAAGAGAGAAAAAUUUUAAAUAAAAUAUUGAAAAUUUUUAGAGAAAACGAUAAAAGUUAAAAAAAAAAUAUUGAAAUUUUUAAGAAAAACGAGAAAAAUUGAAAAGAAAAUAUUGAAAAUUUUGAAAGAAAGCGAAAAAAAUUAAAAAUAAAAUUUUGAAAAUUUUUAGAGAAAGCAAGGAAGUGCUAAAAUUUUCUGUUAACGCAUGCGCAGAGAAAUAAAUUUAAAAAAAUUAAAAAAAGUGUAAGUUUCGAAUAAAGUGGCAACAUUUUUGUUGCAGUGUCGGGAAACAUAAACUUUUCCAUUGAUUGCAUACAAAACUAUACCCAAAAUGAUUGCUUAAAAACAGGAGAAAAAUCAGUUCCAAUGCAUGCUUAUAAGAAAUUAAUUAAUUUUGGCUAAAAUUUAUUCGCAAAUCCGUUGAAAAUGUGUGCGGGGUGUUAAGUGAAUUUCGGUAAUUGAAAAAAAAAAAAACAAAAAAAUAAAAUAAAUAAAUAAAAAAGUGUGGAGAAUUGUGCUAAUUAAAAAAAAAUUGUGUACAAAAUAUGCCCUGCAACAACUGGGCCUCAGCAACUUGCUAGCAUAACUCACUGGCCAACGUGCAUCAAGUGGCAAAAUGACUGCAGCGUGCAACAAACUCACUUCCGCCUCAAAUUAAUAUGCAAAAUGCGAAAUAAACCGAGCAGUGUGUGAAAAGUAAAAAAAAAAAAUUAUAAAUCCCGUUAAGCAAAUAGUUGUAUGUGUGUAGUGCAGAAUUAAGCAUAAGUGUCAUUGAAACAAUGUCUGCCACUUCAAAGACAAACAUAACAACAGACAGCGCAAAUGAUAACGCCAACACUACUGCCAACAACAGCACGUCCCACAACAACAGCAAUAGCAGUAGUGCUAGCGCAACUCCAGCAAGCAAUAAAUUAGAAGUUUCAACAACAAAUAGCCACAACAACAACACUGCCAUUAAAAAUACCUCAGCAGCAGCCAGCACAAGCUCCACAAGGCAGCCAGCCGAAGCCACCAACAACGUUGCGCCGCUACUUUCGCUCUUCGAUCAGCUCAAGAAUAGCGCCAAUCUCAAUAAUAUCAAAUGCGGCAACAACAACAACGACAUCGGCGAAAGUAAACUGAAAGCACCCAAGAAUCUCACCGAUUGGCGUAGAUUGGCCGAGGAUGAUAGCAGCAACAACAGCGCGUCCAGUUGUAGCAGCAGCAGUGGCAGCGAUAGCAGCAUUUGCAACGCCGGCGGUACAGCAGCGAGUAUUGGCUUGCAUGAGCGCACGUUUAUAGACUCUUUCCAGCAGCAGUUUGUGGCCGCUGUUUUAGGCAAAGCCAGCAGCAGCUGCAACAAUAGCAGCAACAGCACACUAAAGACAAUCAAAAAAGUUACGACACCAGUCACUGCCAAAUUGGACCAUGCCACAGCGAGCAACAGCAAUUGCAGUAGUGUUAGUGUAAGCAAAAUGCAUGGGAAAGAAUUCGAAAAGUCGCCUGCCGCAAAGGAGCUUACGCUGGCGGCAAUUGCCGGUGGCAGCAAAGAUGCAAAAGAUGCGGAGGCAUGCAACAGCAUUUUAGAUCUCACUUUACAGCCCGCCGCCAAGCGUAAUAUGUGCUUAAGAGCGCCGACCAACAAAGGCAAGGCUGAAAUUAAAGCCACAGCCACUGCCACAAUCGAUGCAAGCAGCCAUGCCACAGCGGCAGCUGCAUUAUGUAAGAGCAGCGUGGACAAGUUAAGCGACAACACCGCCAACAGCCCGUAUGGCAGCAACGCUGAUGCGCGUGUUGACAGCAAAUUGUGCAACACCACCACAAACGCUUGCAAUGCCGUUAAUCGGGCGGUGGGCAGUGAGAGCGAAAGUGCCAGCAAGCAUGGCAACAACAAAAGCAAUAGCAAUGUUAGCGAACACAAUAGACUGAGCCACGGCAAUGCUAAUUGCGUGUCAACAAAGCUGAGCGGCGCGAGCCAACAACAGCAAAUGCAACAACCACCACAAAAGCAAAUAAAAUUCCCCAUGCCCACACUGCCACCGCCCUCGUCGGCGGUGAGCGCCGCAGCUAAGCCCGCUGUCGAUAGUAAAAGCCGCAAAAGCAAUAACAAUACAACAACAACUGCAACGGUUGGCAGUGUCGGCAUUGUGCGUGGCACUAAGCGCGCAGCCGGUGCCGCAACAGAGGCUGAUGCAGCUGCCACAACCUCUUUGACUAGCUUCACUACACCGGCCUCUGUGGCACCGCUAACGGCGCAUUACUUCGCGCUAACCAAGCGACAAAAGCAGGCGUCCACGGCUACAACAACAAUGAACAAUUCCGCACAUUUCUCCACCGGUUUACUAAGUGAUCAACAACAAAAACGAUAUAUGGACAAUUUACGCGCUUUACUCGAUUCGGAUAAGCUAAGUUCGGUUUACGCGCGUAACCAGAGCGGCAGCGACCUCAAGUCUGUCGUCUAUUCAGCGCUCACGAGCGCUUUAUGCGGUGGUAACAGUGCUACGGCCACAACAGCUAGCAAGCUGUUGGCAGCCGCUAAUCAAGCGAAGAAGAAACGCAAGAAGAAGCGCUGCACGGAUCGGUGUGAUUCAUCGGAAUCUUCAGACAGUGGUGUCGUGAUAUCACUUAGCAGUACCGACUCUAGCACUGGUUGCAGCGAGGAUGCUUCGGAGCCGGGAUCGCCAUUUAGUCAGAACUCAAUAAUAGGUGACGAACAGCAUAGCAACUCGCCCGCCAAGGCCAAUAAAAGCAGCGCUGAAAACCAUACAAUCAUGCCACCACAGACUACAAUACUGGCAGCGGCGAAUAACAGUACCAACAGCGGACAGGCGACCAGUAACAGUGCGAAUGGAUCGUCCAGCGGCGCUAGCGGUUAUACACAAACUGUCACAGGAACAAAUAGCAAUAACAGCAACAACACUGCCAAAUUAAAACAAAUUCAACAACAACAACCACAACAAAAGAACAAUAACACUGCCACUGUCCGCAAUGGACUCCCUACUCUUCAAUGGCCGUGGAACAUACCGGCAAGUAGUAGUACUGCACACACCACAAACACAUCAGCAUCCGUGCAAAACAGCAAGAAACGCGGUGCCGUUAGUGCGAACACCGCAGACAAUAGCUCAGGUAAAAAGGCACGAAACACAAGUGCAGAUAGUACAACAAAUGGUGCAACCGCAGCGUCAACUGGCAACGUGUCUGCAGCCAGCGCUGCAAAAAGACUGAAAGCGGCGGCAUUGGAGGAGUCGCAAACAAAAAUCACUGGUUACUUCAAGUCUCAAAUGAAGUCUCAAAUUCAUCAAAGUAACUUAACAAAGCGCAAUAUGGAAUCUGUACUGAUUGCCACAUGCAGUUCAUCAAGCUCGGGUCUCAACACAACUUCGCUCACGAUGAGUGCGCCAGCCACCACAGCAUCACUAAAUAAAUAUUUCAACAUUUUAGAACAGUUGAAGGAAAAUAGCCACAAUAACGGCAGCGGUAGUAGCAACAACAGUAAUGUUACUAUUUCAAAGCCAACGCUAGUUGCUUCAUCAUCAUCAUCAUCCAUAAAUAGUAAUAUAAUUGCUGCAGCACCACCCACGCCGACAUCCAUCGCUCCAGCCGCUUCCACAUAUGUUACACCAGCGUCCGGAUCGGGUGGCGUCGUAGCUCUGACUUCCGCUACUGCCAUGUCCUCUAUGCCUGUGCCUGCUUUGAAGAAAAUCGAACGCAGCAAACCGACUAAAAUAGCACAGGUCGCCCCGAAUUUACGGAAAACCCCUUCCGCUUCGGGCAACUACAGUGGUGCAACAGGCAAGUCGCCAGCCAAGAAACAUGUCGCUAUAGCGCCGAGGACGCCCGAAAUGAAGCAACAACAAAUUCAGCAGCAGCAACAACAGGCGGCAGCAAAAGCCGAAGCAGCUGCAGCCAAACAAACAAGCACAGCAGUAAGCACACAACAGCCCCAAACUGCAACGCAAGUGAGUGCAAAUCAGCCAGCAGUCCUACUUACUGCGAUACGUUUGCCUACUCAAACCACAACGGCACCGACAGCGACGGCAACCGCGCAGCUGAAACAAACUGUAUCACCACCGAAAUUAACACCGGUUGCAACUGCUACUGCGACCACCACAACCGCCGCACCCACCACCGGACAAACGCUUUAUCAACUGCCCGCAGUACAACUGCCAAAUUUAGUGCAACUGCCGCAGUUGUUGGCUGCCACCAACGGUGCCAAUAUCAUGCAGUUGAACAACGUGGCCACGGCCGCUAAAAACGCCAAUCCUACAGCGUCCGCCGCAGCCGCAGCCACAUCUGCGCAGGCAGCUCAAGCUGCAGCCGCACAAUAUUUCCUCAAUGGCACCGUCUUCAAACUGCAGCAAUUCACAACCGCAACCACCACGACGGCAACGUCCGCUGUAGCCGCCGCCAGUGCCGCCGCCACCGCGAAUCCAUUUAACCUGAUGACUGCCGCAGACCUGCAAGAAAUACUCAUUAAGCAGCAGCAACAGCUUCAACAACAGCAACAACUGCAGCUGCAACAACAACAAAAAGCGGCUGCAGUAGCUGCAGCAGCAGCCGCGUCAGCCACUGCCCAAGCUACUAAUACUAGUUUCCAAGAAAUCUUCCAGCAGCAAAUUGCCGCGGCUAUUGCGGCAAAUCAGCAGCAACAACAGCAGCAGCAGUUUCAACAGUUGCAACGCUUGGGCGCCGCCGCUGCACAGCCGGUAUUCAUGGCCACUCCAGCUGGCCUACUAUUGAACGCCGCCUCAUUGCCGGCUAUGCUGGCACAAGCGGCCGCUGCUUUGGCUGUCAAUAACAAUCAGCAGCAACAGCAAAAACAAAUGCAAAUGCAGCAGCCCCAUCCACAACAGCUGCCGGCACUGCAGCCAAUACAACCCAGCGCUUUGCCAGCGCUAAGUUCCAUUUUCGCUGGUGCAGCGCAGCAACAACAACAGCAGCCUCACUCCUCCCACGACCAGCAUACUGACUUCCAGCAGCAGCAGCAACAAUUGCUAGCGUUUUUGCAACAACAACAGCAGCAGCAACCACAAUUCAUAACAACAAGCCAGCCACCUCCGUUAUCGGCUGUAAAUUCGACUUCGCCGCAAACUGCAACUGCCGCUGCCACUCUAACGCCACUGCCAUUAAAUGCGUCUUCAACUGCAACUCCUGCAAAUAACGCAAACACUGCCAAACUGGCCAUCGUAAAAGCGACCACUGCCUCCACACAACCGCAACAGUUUGCCGCGCUCAAUUCGCAACCGCCGCCAUUAGUCACCAUUUCACACGGCAAAGCGCGCGCGACUGCAAUAGCACCGGCCACUGCCACCAGCGCCGCCUCCAACGCAAAUACAACGGCGAACAAGCCGGCCGCACUGGCGAAGCCAUAUCAAAAGCGCAUGCCGAAGGUGGCGCCAGCGCCCGUGCCAGUAGCGCCAGCACCGAGCAAACCCGCGCUGGCGAACACAAACAAAGCGAAAAUUUCCACUGGCUGCAAAAUCAUUGCCUCACCCACCACGCCGCCGCCACUGGUGCCAGCGCUCAGCAGCAAUAACAGUAGUGGUGUUAACAGCGUGGCUUCCGCACCCAGCAGCCGUGCCGCUCCAGUGGCGAAGCAACUGCUACCGACCAGUGGACUGCCAACGCCGGCGCUCAUUAGCAUUGCACCCGCACCUGCGACAAUCACAACAACCACAACUGCAGCAAUUAGUGCAGCGGCUGUGCCGAGUGCCAUGAAAGUAACUGCUUUGCCGCCACUUGCGCCCAAACUAACGCCGGUCGCAGCAUCGAUAACAACAACAGCUGUGUCAUCCAUCGCGGUAACGGCAACUGCAGCGAAGGCGAUCGUCACGAGCGCUGCCGUCACAGCGACAACAACCACAACAUCCACCCCAGAUCUCUUCGAUUUAGUAAAGAAUUCGAAUGGCGCCAUCACUAUAUCAGCGCCAACUACCAUUAGUAACAGCAAUAACAACAAAUGUCACAACAAUACAUUCAAUAAGUGCGCAGCGCUACUGCCAUCAUUCUGCAACUCAUCGCUGUCAUCAUAUUCAUCUGCAUCAUCGCCCUCGCUCUGCUCCUCCACGCAUACCGUCUCCAGCGAUGGCUUUUGCUCGAAGAUCAAGGAGGAGCCCUUGGACGAAGUGGCCAAUGCUCCCUCAGCCAACACUUCGGAUAGUGGUAUCAAAUUGGAGAGCUUCAAUGCGUCCACACAUAGCCAAACGUUAUCGGCAGAUAUUAAGGUUGAACUGAUGGAGGACACUACCAAAAUGUACCCGUCAACCGUCAAUAGUAUUUCGACUAGCAUUGGCAACAGUAUCACGCACGCGAAUGAUUACUCAUCGUAUUCCUUCAGCUCACACUCGAAUUCGGUCUCCUCGGCCGCUGAUCUUUCACUAGAAGCAUCUACCCCACCGUCGCUCUCUUCCCUGUCCGCCUCUUGCUCAUCCGCACCCUCGCCGGUACCUUCCUCAUCGGUGGGCGCAUCACCGCGCAAUUCCCCGCCGCCAUUGCCGCCAACACAGCCAUGUGAAUCCAAUUCAGCUUCCCUAAGCUCGGAAUCCUCCGCUUCGUGUGUCACGGCCGCUACUGGCAGAGAUAUGCUGAGCGAAAUGGUUACAUCGUCUUGCAUAUCAUCUAAUCUCGCUUCGGAAAUGUCCAAUUCGGCUGAUGGCUCGACCACACACGAGAAGUCAUUAACGUCCGGCCUCGAGGAUGUCGAGAAAGAUGGAAGUGCGGACGAGGAGAGCAGCGAAAAGCGUGACUUGCCCACCCCCGAGUCCGGCAUAGGUGGCAGUUUGACGGCUAGUGAAAGCAGCGAAUCCAUCGUCAGCACAAUUUCCAACAACAGCAGCAAAGCUGAAAUUAUCGCCAACAUUAUCAAUUCAAUCGACUCAAAUUCACCGCCACCCACGCCACUGUCUACGAUUAGUGCUGGCAGCGCAGAAAGCGGCAGCCACAUUAGCCACGCCAUUGCUGACAUCAAUUCCAACAGCAGCAAUGCAGCAACGCCAAUCUCAUCAUCAUCACCAGCUAACAGCGCUGAUUCAAACACCAAUUCUACCUCCAAUAGUGCCGUACCCUCAGCACCGAGUUUGCCGAAUAGCAUCGAUAACAGUAAUUCGAAUAGCUGCACAAGCAGCAGCAACAGCAGUGUCAGCGGCGAGCCACAAUCGACCACCAGCAGCAAUUGCUUCAACUCAACACCGACGCUCAUCGACACCAAGCUCGCGGAGUCUGCGAGUGAAGCGCUGCCCAAGUGCGCCAUCUCGCCCAUACUCUCGCAGCCGAAAACUAUACGCUUCCCUGCAGAGACAGGUGGUUUUCGGUAUGGUCCUAAAGGUGCUAAACGUCACGACGGCGUCUGCUACUGGGAUAAAUGCAAUAAGAAGCAUGAUAGCUGCUCCAAAUUGUUGGAUCACAUGCAGACACUACACGUCAAUACGCAAACUGGACCGUUUUCAUGCCUCUGGGUCGGUUGCAAGGUAUACAAUAAGGAAUCGUGUUCGCGUCGCUGGUUGGAACGACACGUGCUAUCUCAUGGCGGCUCGAAGCAAUUCAAGUGCAUUGUCGAAGGUUGCGGCUUACGUUUUGGUUCACAGCUCGCUCUUCAAAAACACGUAAACAAUCAUUUUACGGCUACCGAAAAUAAGGAGAGCUCCAAUAAGCGUACCUCGGAUCCGCCAGUGCCCAAACAGCUGCGUAAGAAUGGCAAAAAGCUGCGCUAUCGACGUCAACCAUUUUCAGCGCGUAUGUUCGACUUCUUUGAUUCCGGCAUAAUGGAGGGUCUCCAGCAUCGUCUGCGGCAAAUAAGCCUACUUUCAACGAGCUCCAACACAAUAACGUUUCAGGGUCAGUGCAUGAUGCGCCGCAAAACACAGCAAGGCAGUUACGAGAGCUUUAUUCGUUGGUCACCGCGUGAAAUCAUUUCCGACGAGUGGGUGCCGGCUUGCGAUGGGCCUUACACGAAAACAGUUAACAUUAAACGUAUGCGUCCCGCGGAGAAGAUAAAGGUUGAGAGCCUACUCAUGACCGCUUACAAAAUGCCAUAUUCGCCAAAUCUUUUCGACGACGUCAGCGAUGAAGACGACGAUGAUGAUGAGGAGGCCUCCGAUGAUGGCGAUGACGAUGAUGAAAAUAAUGAUGGCGACGACACCACCGAAUUGGCGACUUUAGUGGAAACGGUGCGCAGCUCACAACAGCAGAGUGCGCUUGCAAUUUCCCGUAAGCAAAUGCAACAACGUCGUAAGCAUCCACGUAAGCCGCUGAAACGCGUGCAUUUGGAUAAACCAUUGAACGUUUAACUCGCCGAAGUUACUCGCCGUGGCAAGCGCCAGCGCUGCUCAAUGAUCUCCUACUAAGAAUUAGGCAAUGUUUGUGGCAAAUGAAAAGUCUGCAAUAUAUGAGUUAAGUGUUUAAUUUGUUAAGGCUCAUGGACAACAAGAAAUACAACAACAAUAAGAACAGCAACAGCGCAUACUACGCAGCAGUCAUACAUAAUUCAGCAUAUAGUAA